CACCUUUGUCAGAUUAUGUCACCCAAAUUAUUUUAAAUCACUUUAUAUUUUAUGCCGUUCUAACGAAGUCAUUUUAUUUUUACCAUGGAACCAAAUGCGAUCGACAAACACUACAAUAUGAAAGAGUUUAUUAACGUCCAAAAAGACUACGCGCAAACAAAAGCGGAGGAUUCGGCGAACCUGAUGGUUCGACAUUUACAAUUGUUAAGCGUAACUAUCGACUUAAGCACAUUUGACCCGCACGUCAGUGUAGUGGCAGAGUUCUUUGUGAGUCUGCACCGAUUACUUUCGGCGGUGGAACCUGGAUCUCUCCUGGCAUGGUGUAGUGUUAACGUGCUAUGUGUCGCAUGUAAAAACGCAGCCGCGAGGACCGCCCUAAUCCACACUUACCAGUUUUUGCCGUUACUGUCCAGGUUACUAGGGAACCAAUUGACGAUGGAGAAAAAACUGCGCCUCUUAACCCUGAUGCAAGAGUUGACGUGCGGAAUUAAAAUCUCUUGGCAGAUUCCCCAUUUACCUCACCUCAUGUCCACGCUCACGCGUUGGAUCACAGGCGGGGAUGACGACGAUAUUGCUACCUUAUCCUUGGCGGUUUUGGUGAAUUUGUGCUACAAGAACCUACCUGCGGUUUACACGCUGUCAAGAUGUGUCGACAUUAAGAAGUUUUUGCGCACCUGUUUGCUUUUACAAGGGGUGAGAAUUGAGGUUCACGUUUGCAAGUUAUCAAUCAUCUUGGAUUAUAUGAGCGGAACCAUUCCGGAAGGUGUCAUACUGAAAUUAGUCGAAGUGACUUUCAGGUCAUUAACAGAAGCGUUCAAGGCACGCGAUUCGAUAUUACUUCGACAUAUUGUGGAGUUCUUUCUUGACGUUUGGGACCAACGGCGCCAUGGUGAUGUGUUGAACGAUUUUAGUACUUACGAUGAAGAAUUCGAGAAGAUUCUCAUGGAACUUGAAAACACUGCCCUAAAAGGAAAGGGCGAUGUACUCGCAGAUAACGAACCGCAAUGUGUAUCGUCGGUCUUAGAAUUUAUUCACUUCGUAAUUGAGCUAAGAGAGCCGAAAAUAGAACAACUAAAUGCGAGAUUGGUAAAUAUUGCAUUGAAAUGGUUACAAGUAGAGCUUGUGUCUUCAGAUGCGUUAGCCAUUUUACGAACACUUGCGAUUAACGUAACAGUAGAGACGUGCGCCGUAUUAAAUCCAUUUUUAACCACCUUGCCGCUAUUCUUAUUGCACUUGGUUAACGUCGAAGGUGAAAUUCUGGAUGAAGGUAAUAAGAGAUUAACUUCCCUCAUGGAACUUUUGGGGGCUUUGAUGCAAAUUGAAAACACAAGGGCGCAAGUUGUUGGAGUACUAAAAGAAGAAAUAUUUUUUAAAAUAUUUUCACCGCUGCUGGAGACCACUACACCAAGGAUUCGAGACAGUAAUGCUAAUGCUUAUUCAUUAAAAGCUACUAUAUUGUACAUCAAAGCCAUUGCACUAAUUUAUGAAUUAAAAAAAUACGAAGAAACUUGGAAGGUUUUCUUUUCGGACUUAAUGCAACACAAGCAAAUCCACAUGGUACUGGCACAAGCUUUGUGUUUUGGGAAUAAACCAACCAAACUGCUUACAAUGCGUCUGAUGGCAGAUGAUUAUUUCCCAAAGGAAGCGGUAUCCGAAAUAAUGUGCGACAUUCAGCCCGUGAUGGACGAUGGUCCCAAUGAGAAGAGCAACAGCACUCGCCACAUGAUGGAAAAUUUGUGCUUCCCCGCAAUGUCAGUGACCCAGAUAAAGAGACUUGAUGAGAUAAUAGACAUAAUCAAGGAAGCUUACGAGAAAAAUGAUUUGGCGAACAUCUCCAUAUCAGAUGUUAUGGAAUUGUACGAAUAUAAACUGGCAACGUUGAGCCACGCUGAACGUGCAGCAAUUGCAAGCGUGGAGGCGGCAUCUUUCAGGUGCACCCAUCUGCAACACAAAUCUGCGCAACUGACAACGGAAUUGUCUAAAGUGCAUCAACUAUUACUACGCGCGCAACAACGCCACGAAGAGUCUUCUAAAACCAUAAGCACUACACUAGCCCAAAAUACAGAGCUACAAGACCUACUAGGUAGAGAAAAGAUCAAUUUUAGCAACAUACUGUCGCAGAAGGAGAAGAUAAUUGACGACCAAGCUCAUCAGAUAGACAGCACCAAUUCUCGCUUAAAAGACGUCGAAAACGAAAAACUGAUUUUAAAUCAACACCACACCGCUCUGCAGGAGAAGCUCCGACAAAAAAUUACGAAAUAUAGACAGCUGUUGGAAAGCAAAGAAAAGGAACUGUCAAAACGGGAGGGUACCAUAAACGCCCAACAAACGCAAAUUUUGCAAUUGGACACUUUGGUUAAGCGAGGCGAAGUAAAAUUGGAUAAGAAAAGGAGAGAAUUCGACGAGGUUUUGGCGGAGUUACAAAAUUGCAAAUCAAUCUUGGGUACCAUUACGCAACUAACCAGUCCGCAUUAUGCUUGUAAAGAUGAAGAAUAAUAUAAUUUGCCAUGCAAUAUAAUUUUUAUAUUAUAUAAUAGUGUUAAUUAUACAUUAAAGGCCAUUGGUACAAAUAUGGAAC